AGAGGAGCGUGUGCGACGCGAGUGUUGGGAUUAAACCACGUUUUGUGCGGAUUUUACAAGGAUUUUUAAAGGUGAAACGCAUUUAUUUGAUGUUUUUUUUAAUAUGAGGCUUAAUUAAGCGACGUUAGAACGUGUGAGAUGGCUGAAGUGGGACCGGCAGCGCAGCGGGGAUUCCUGGACAUCAGCCCGGGCAGGAGAGCCCUCAGCCCGGGCAGGAGGACCAGCAUCAGUCCGGGGAAGGAGAACCAGGUCCCGGUUCUGAGUUUGUUACAGUUUUCCAAGCCUCCUUUUGUGACAUUCGGGACGGUGAAGUUGGGCAGCUCCAGGUCUGCGGUGUUGCAGAUCGAUAACCCCACAGAGGAGGUGGAAGCGGAGGUUUCUGUCGACAAGAUUAACUCCAGCAAAGGCUUCUCUGUGGAUCAGCGCUCCUUCACCAUCCAGCCCCAGGGAUCGUUCCUCCUGACGGUGACAUGGACCCCGACGGAGGAGGGGAGGGCCCGCGAGCUGAUCCUCUUCAGCGCCAACGGAGUCCUGAAGCACCAGGCCGUGGUCCUGGGGAGGGCCGAGGGCCCCCGCAGGAAGAAGAAGAGCUUAUGGGACGCCAUCAAAGCCAAAAAAGGAGAGAAAACAACCGUCUCCAGCGCCAGGAAGAAGGAGCCCCCGCUGAAGCCGGCGGCCAAUAAAACCUUUGCGGUUUCCCGGGCGGCUCAGUACCGGCGGGACCAGGCCCGGAGCCCGCUGGCGGCACUGGGGGCCGGGCCCAGGAACCGGGCCAGGCCAGGGCCUGCAGACCCCGGCCAGAACCGGAGGCCCCAGGAACCGAAGCAGAGGCCCCAGGAACCGGGCCCCCAGGCACCCCGGGCCCCCCAGGCCCAGAACUCCCCCCUGGUCCUGCUGGUCCCGGCUGCAGCCCUGCAGGACCCGGCAGAAAAACCGGAAGGUCUGCAGCUCCUGAACAGAACUCUGUCCCCCAUCGGCACACCGGAGACCUUCAGGAGGCUCAUGCCCCACAUCCGGACCCCGGGCCUGGAACCCACCACCCCGGGCCUGGAACCCACCACCCCGGGCCUGGAACCCACCACCCCGGGCCUGGAACCCACCACCCCGGGCCUGGAACCCACCACCCCGGGUCUGACCAUGAGAGACGCUCUGCUGCUCAUCAACUCUGACCUGAGUCUCGUCAGAACCAGUCCGGGAGAACCGGGUCAGAGCUGCGGGUUUUCAGGUUCCCUGGAGUCCCGGACUGGACCCCAGCGGGACUCCGGGACGGGCCCCGGGCCGACGGGCCCCGGGCUGAUGGCAGAGUCCAGCGGGCAGCGCCACACUUUCCUCCUCGUUCCUCCAGAGGAUGAAGUCCCGGGGAAGAAGAAGAGCUUCACCUCCGCCACGGUGACUAAGAGCAAGGCGCCGGCGGCGCCGUUGAACCCGUCCAGCGGGCGGAAGGUGAAGAAGUCGCGGCGACGGCUGAUGGAGAAAACGCUGGAGCUUUGUGAGGGGAGCAGCCCCGAUUCUGGCCCGGCCACUCCAGACCUGCCGGUCAUCGACGCUGGUGGACCUCAGGUCCCGGCCUUCACCUCCAGCCCCACGCCCAACCCCGUCAUCUUCCCCGUCUCCCCCCCCUCUUCCUCCGUCUCCCCCCUAUCGCCUCGUCUUCACAUCGCCCCCCCACCAGGUUCUGUAUCCCAGCAGCCCCAGGCGGCCCCCGCCCCCCCACCAGGUUCUGUAUCCCAGCAGCCCCAGGCGGCCCCCGCCCCCCCACCAGGUUCUGUAUCCCAGCAGCCCCAGACGGCCCCCGCCCCCCCGAGGAGGGAGGAGGGUUCGUUUCCCUUUCGUUCGGCCAUGAAAAGCAAGAAGAGGAAGAGUGAGGAGUUUUUGAAGAGCGACAGUAAAGUGGAGGAUUCUGGGAAACCUGAGGAGGUCAAGAGGAGCAGGGGGGGGGCAGGAGGACCGGAGAGGAGCAGGGGGGGGGCAGGAGGACCGGAGAGGAGCAGGGGGGGGGCAGGAAGGCCGGAGAGGAGCAGGGGGGGGGCAGGAAGGCCGGACCCCCCGAGGUUCCAGGAGAGUAAAGCCCCGAGAGCAGGCUCGGCUCGAUCGGUGACGUCCUCUUCCUCCCUGAAGACCAGGAGGUCUGCAGCUCCCACGCCGGGUCAACGGCCGAGCCCCAGAGCUGCGGCGCGAGGUUCCUCGUCGGUCCGGGCGUCGGGGUGCCGGCGGGUGAAGAUCACCAAAGUGGUGGCGGUGGCUCAGUCCAAGCUGACCUUCGUCAGGCCGGCGCAGACAGCUUUACCCAGACACCCCACGCCGUUCGCUGCCAAGAACAUGUUCUACGACGAGCGGUGGAUGGAGAAGCAGGAGCGCGGCUUCACGCGCUGGCUCAACUACGUCCUCACGCCCGACGACUUCAAGGUCAACACGGAGGUCGCCAAAGUCAGCGCCGUGUCCGUUGCCAUGGGCAACGACGAGGCCUUCAGCGUCCCCAAGGCCCCCACCAAGGAGGAGAUGUCCUUCAGCACCUACACGGCCCGGCGGAAGCUGAACCGGCUCCGGCGCGGCGCCUGCCAGCUCUUCUCCUCCGACGCCAUGGCCACGGCCAUCCAGCGGCUGGAGCUGGAGGUGGAGGCUCGACGGCUGCUGGUGCGGACGGACCGGCACCUCUGGAAGGACAUCGGUGAGCGGAAGAAGGUCCUGGGCUGGCUGGUGUCCUACAACCCGCUGUGGCUGCGGAUCGGCCUCGAGACGAUCUUCGGGGAGCUGAUCUCCCUGGAGAGCAACAGCGACGCCGUCGGCCUGGCCGUGUUCAUCCUGCAGCGGCUGCUCUGGAACCCCGACAUCGCCGCCCAGUUCAGGCACCCCAGAGUCCCCAACCUCUACAGAGACGGCCACGAGGAGGCGCUGUCGCGCUUCACCCUGAAGAAGCUGCUGCUGCUCGUCUGUUUCCUGGACAAGGCCAAAGAGUCUCGUCUGAUCCAGCACGACCCGUGUCUGUUCUGCGUGGACGCAGAGUUCAAGGCCAGCCGGGAGCUGCUGCUAGCCUUCUCCAGGGACUUCCUGAGCGGGGAGGGGAUCCUGCCCCGACACCUGGCCUACCUGGGGCUGCCCGUCUCCCACGUCCAGACGCCCCUGGACGAGUUCAGCUUCGCUGUCCACAACCUGGCCGUGGACCUGAGGGACGGGAUCCGGCUGGUGCGGGUCACGGAGCUGCUGGUCCAGGACUGGACUUUGUCCUCCAGGCUGCGUCUGCCGGCCAUCAGUCGUCUGCAGAAGAUCCACAACGUGGAGCUGGCGCUGCAGGUCCUGAGGAGCAGAGGGGUGGACCUCAGCGACGACCACGGCUCCGUCCUGGACUCCAGGGACGUGGUGGACGGACACCGAGAGAAGACGCUGAGUCUCCUGUGGAGGAUCAUCUUCACCUUCCAGGUGGAGGUGAUCCUGGACGAGGCCCAGCUCCGGGACGAGGUCUGCUUCCUGAACCGGACCCUGAGGACCAGGCGGAGGCUGGAGUCGCUGAGGGCCGACCGGGGCCCCCCCAGGGCCGACCGGGCCCCCCCCGGGGCCGGGUCCCCCCCGUACCGCCACCCCAGCACCAAGCUGGCCCUGCUCAUGGACUGGGUCCGAGCCGUCUGCGACUUCUACUCCCUGAAGGUGGAGAACUUCACGGUGUCCUUCUCCGACGGCCGGGUGCUCUGCUACCUGCUGCACCACUACCACCCCGGCCUGGUCCCCGAGGCCUCCGUCCGCCGCCUCACCACCCAGACGGUGGAGUGUUCCCCGGCGGGCCGGCUGGAGCUCAGCAGGGAGGACGGAGACUCUGACGGAGACUCGGACGGAUCCUUCCACGCCUCGCCGGCAGGCCCAGAUUCUCCGUCCCUGAAGUUCAAGGAGCUGCUGGAGAACGAGAAGAGCAACUUCCGGCUGGUGAACUCGGCCGUGUCGUUCCUGGGGGGCGUCCCCGCCAUGAUGAACCCGGCGGACAUGUGCAACACCAUCCCCAGCGAGAGGGUGGUGAUGUCCUACCUGUCCUUCCUCUGCGCUCGUCUGCUGGACCUGCGGAACGAGACCCGAGCAGCCCGGCUCAUCCAGGACGCCUGGAGGAAGUACCGGCUGAGGAAAGACCUGCAGCUCUAUCAGCAAAGGACCGAGGCUGCCGUGAAGAUCCAGCAGGUUGUGAGACGUUUCCUCCAGCGCCGUUGGGCCGAGCGACGGAGUCGAGCCGCCGCGCUGAUCCAGGCGGCCUGGAGGGAAUACCGGCACCGCAACCGCCUCCGGCUGGAAAAGGAGGCCCAAGUUCGGGCUCUGCAGCGCCGCGCCGCUACCGUCAUCCAGGCCCGGUGGAGGAUGUUCUCCUCCUGGAAGUCCUACCACCGCCUCAGAUACUACACGGUGGUGGUCCAGGCGCAGUGGCGGAUGAGGAGAGCGGCCGCCGCCUACGGGAGGAUCCUGCACGCCGCCGCCGUCCUGCAGCAGCACGUUCGAGCUCGGGCUCUCUCCAGGAGAGACCGGGGACGUUUCCUCCUCCUGCGGGCCGCCGCCCUGAAGCUGCAGACAGCCUUCAGGAGACGCAGAGCUUUGAGAACCCAGAAGGAAAACGGUGCUGCCAGAGUGAUACAAGCCGCCUUCAGGCGCUGGUCCGAGACCCGGCGGGCCCAACGAGACUCUGCAGCCGCCAGGAUUCAGGCUUGGUACCGGAUGCAGGUGUGCUCGCGUCAGUACCAGAAACUCCGGAGGAGCACGCUGCACAUCCAAGCGCUCUGCAGAGGACACGCGCAGCGGCGCCGCCUUCAGGCGUGGAAGCAGCAGCAGCGGGCCGCCGUCGUCCUCCAGAGCUGCUUCAGAGGGUUCUCUGUCAGGAAGCAGCUGACCAGGAGACGACGCGCCGCAGCCUCCAUCCAGCGCUGGUUCCGAGCCUCCGUCAGCAGAGACGUCCAGAGAAGAGAGUUCCUGAGGGUGAGACGUGCGGCCGUGCUCGUACAGGCGGCCUAUCGGGGGAAAGUGACUCGAGAGUCUCUGAAGAAGCAACACGGAGCAGCGACGGUGAUACAGACGGCUUUCAGGAGACGAGCCGCCCAAAAGAAAUAUCUGUGUCUGAGAAAAGCAGCGACUCUGGUGCAGCGGAGGUUUAGAGCUACGACUCUGGCUCACAAAACAAGGGAGGAAUACGACGCUCUAAGGAACGCAGCCCUCGUCCUACAAGCUGCCUGGAGAGGAAGAGCCGCCAGGAAGACGGUGGAAACGUGGCAUCAGGGAGCAACGCUGAUACAAGCUCACUAUCGGCGCUACAAGCUGCAGACGGAGUACAGAUCCAAGAGGGCAGCAGCCGUGGUCCUGCAGCAUCAUUACAGAGCCUCUGCUGCUGCCAGGGAGGACAGGGAAGCAUAUCUGCACAAGAAAGCAGCAUGUGUUGCUCUCCAAGCCGCGUUCAGGGGCAGGAAAGUCCGGACUGAGCUGCAGAAGAAGCACCAGGCUGCAACGCUCCUUCAGUCCAAGGUCCGGAUGUUUGUGUGCAGGAGACGGUAUCUCCUCCUUCAGAGUGCAGCAGUUACAAUCCAGCAGCGAUACAGAGCUCUGGUCCUCUGCAGGGGGAGGCAGCACCAGUUCAGAGAGCUCAGGCAGGCUGCCGUGAAGCUGCAGGCCGUGUUCCGGGGGCUACGAGUGAGGCGGGACCUGAAGAGGAGGACGGACGCUGCCACGGCCAUCCAAGCUCAGUUCAGGAUGUACAAGGUCCGAAUGUCUUACCUUGCAACCAAGUGUGCUGCCGUCAUCGUUCAAGAGCGCUACAGGGCCAACAAGCUGAGGGAGCUGCAGACGCAGCGCUACGGAGCAAUGAAACGUGCAGCCGUGCUGCUGCAGGCGGCGUAUCGGGGACACGUGGCCAGGAGGAGACUUGCAGAGACGCACCGGGCCGCCGCCGUCAUACAGAGGAAGUUUCUGAGCGUGGCAGCCAGAAGACGGUUCCUGGCCGUGAAGGCGGCAGCUCUGGUCUGUCAGAGGAGAUACAGAGCUCUGACCCUGGCAAGGAAACACCGCCGGGACUAUCUGGCACGGCGCAGGGCAGCCGUCUGCCUGCAGGCCGCCUACAGAGGACACGCUGUCAGGAAGCAGCUGCAGGUCCGGCACACGGCAGCCGUAGCCAUCCAGGCUCAUUUCAGGAGUUACCGGCAGAGAGCCCGGUACCAGCGGUGGAAGCAGCAGCAGCGGGCCGCCGUCGUCCUCCAGAGCUGCUUCAGAGGGUUCUCCGUCAGGAGGCAGCUGACCAGGAGACGACGCGCCGCAGCCUCCAUCCAGCGCUGGUUCCGAGCCUCCGUCAGCAGAGACGUCCAGAGAAGAGAGUUCCUGAGGGUGAGACGUGCGGCCGUGGUCGUACAGGCGGCGUAUCGGGGGAAAGUGACUCGAGAGUCUCUGAAGAAGCAACACAGAGCAGCGACGGUGGUACAGGCGGCUUUCAGGAGACGAGCCGCCCAAAAGAAAUAUCUGUGUCUGAGAAAAGCAGCGACUCUGGUGCAGCGGAGGUUUAGAGCUACGACUCUGGCUCACAGAACAAAGGAGGAAUACGACGCUCUAAGGAACGCAGCCCUCGUCCUACAAGCUGCCUGGAGAGGAAGAGCUGCCAGGAAGACGGUGGAAACGUGGCAUCAGGGAGCAACGCUGAUACAAGCUCACUAUCGGCGCUACAAGCUGCAGACGGAGUACAGAUCCAAGAGGGCAGCAGCCGUGGUCCUGCAGCAUCAUUACAGAGCCUCUGCUGCUGCCAGGGAGGACAGGGAAGCAUAUCUGCACAAGAAAGCAGCAUGUGUUGCUCUCCAAGCCGCGUUCAGGGGCAUGAAAGUCCGGACUGAGCUGCAGAAGAAGCACCAGGCUGCAACGCUCCUUCAGUCCAAGGUCCGGAUGUUUGUGUGCAGGAGACGGUAUCUCCUCCUUCAGAGUGCAGCAGUUACAAUCCAGCAGCGAUACAGAGCUCUGGUCCUCUGCAGGGGGAGGCAGCACCAGUUCAGAGAGCUCAGGCAGGCUGCCGUGAAGCUGCAGGCCGUGUUCCGGGGGCUACGAGUGAGGCGGGACCUGAAGAGGAGGACGGACGCUGCCACGGCCAUCCAAGCUCAGUUCAGGAUGUACAAGGUCCGAAUGUCUUACCUGGCAACCAAGUGUGCUGCCGUCAUCGUUCAAGAGCGCUACAGGGCCAACAAGCUGAGGGAGCUGCAGACGCAGCGCUACGGAGCAAUGAAACGUGCAGCCGUGGUGCUGCAGGCGGCGUAUCGGGGACACGUGGCCAGGAGGAGACUUGCAGAGACGCACCGGGCCGCCGCCGUCAUACAGAGGAAGUUUCUGAGCGUGGCAGCCAGAAGACGGUUCCUGGCCGUUAAGGCGGCAGCUCUGGUCUGUCAGAGGAGAUACAGAGCUCUGACCCUGGCAAGGAAACACCGCCGGGACUAUCUGGCACGGCGCAGGGCAGCCGUCUGCCUGCAGGCCGCCUACAGAGGACACGCUGUCAGGAAGCAGCUGCAGGUCCGGCACACGGCAGCCGUAGCCAUCCAGGCUCAGUUCAGGAGUUACCGGCAGAGAGCCCAGUACCAGCGGUGGAAGCUGCAGCAGCAGCGGGCCGCCGUCGUCCUCCAGAGCUGCUUCAGAGGGUUCUCCGUCAGGAAGCAGCUGGCCAGGAGACGACGCGCCGCAGCCUCGAUCCAGCGCUGGUUCCGAGCCUCCGUCAGCAGAGACGUCCAGAGAACAGAGUUCCUGAGGGUGAGACGUGCGGCCGUGCUCGUACAGGCGGCGUAUCGGGGGAAAGUGACUCGAGAGUGUCUGAAGAAGCAACACGGAGCAGCGACGGUGAUACAGGCGGCUUUCAGGAGACGAGCCGCCCAAAAGAAAUAUCUGUGUUUGAGAAAAGCAGCGACUCUGGUGCAGCGGAGGUUUAGAGCUACGACUCUGGCUCACAAAACAAGGGAGGAAUACGACGCUCUAAGGAACGCAGCCCUCGUCGUACAAGCUGCCUGGAGAGGAAGAACCGCCAGGAAGACGGUGGAAACGUGGCAUCAGGGAGCAACGCUGAUACAAGCUCACUAUCGGCGCUACAAGCUGCAGACGGAGUACAGAUCCAAGAGGGCAGCAGCCGUGGUCCUGCAGCAUCAUUACAGAGCCUCUGCUGCUGCCAGGGAGGACAGGGAAGCAUAUCUGCACAAGAAAGCAGCAUGUGUUGCUCUCCAAGCCGCGUUCAGGGGCAUGAAAGUCCGGACUGAGCUGCAGAAGAAGCACCAGGCUGCAACGCUCCUUCAGUCCAAGGUCCGGAUGUUUGUGUGCAGGAGACGGUAUCUCCUGCUUCAGAGUGCAGCAGUUACAAUCCAGCAGCGAUACAGAGCUCUGGUCCUCUGCAGGGGGAGGCAGGACCAGUUCAGAGAGCUACAGCAGGCUGCCGUGAAGCUGCAGGCCGUGUUCCGGGGACUACGAGUGAGGCGGGACCUGAAGAGGAGGACGGACGCUGCCACGGCCAUCCAAGCUCAGUUCAGGAUGUACAAGGUCCGAAUGUCUUACCUGGCAACCAAGUGUGCUGCCGUCAUCGUUCAAGAGCGCUACAGGGCCAACAAGCUGAGGGAGCUGCAGACGCAGCGCUACGGAGCAAUGAGACGUGCAGCCGUGCUGCUGCAGGCGGCGUAUCGGGGACACGUCUCCAGGAGGAGACUUGCAGAGACGCACCGGGCCGCCGCCGUCAUACAGAGGAAGUUUCUGAGCGUGGCAGCCAGAAGACGGUUCCUGGCCGUGAAGGCGGCAGCUCUGGUCUGUCAGAGGAGAUACAGAGCUCUGACCCUGGCAAGGAAACACCGCCGGGACUAUCUGGCACGGCGCAGGGCAGCCGUCUGCCUGCAGGCCGCCUACAGAGGACACGCUGUCAGGAAGCAGCUGCAGGUCCGGCACACGGCAGCCGUAGCCAUCCAGGCUCAGUUCAGGAGUUACCGGCAGAGAGCCCGGUACCAGAGGCUCCGCUGGGCCUGCAGCACGCUGCAAGAACGCUACCGAGCCCGCAAAGACGCGAGGACAGCAGCGCACGCCUUGAUCGCCAAGAGAAAGGCCGCUUCGGUCAUCCAGGCGGCCUAUCGGGGCAUGACGUCCAGACGAUUGAUCCAGCGACGGCACCGCGCUGCCGGAGUUAUCCAGAGAGCUUACAGGGCUCACCGCCAGCGACAGCAGUUUCUGAAACUGAAAUCAUCCGCCGUCACCGUUCAGCAGAAGUAUCGAGCCACGACAGCAGCCAGAGCAGCGAGGAGCGACUACGCCCGGGCGAAGCGAGCGGCCGUCACCCUGCAGAGGGGCUGCAGAGCCUGGAGGUCACGACGACAGGUGCUGGAGGCAGCGCGGACUGAGAACAGACUCCGCUUCACUUCUGCAGUUUUCCAUCAUCUCGCCGCCGUGAAGAUCCAACGGGCCCUGAGGGCUCACUGGGCUCUGAAAUCUGCCAAGACACAGAUCCAUUCCGUCAUCUCCAUUCAGCGAUGGGUGAGAGCGAGGCGGGAGAGGAGACGCUACCUGGAGUACAAGACCAAGGUCGUCGCAGCGCAGAGAGCCGUCCGGCGCUGGCGAGCCCGUCGGCACGAGGCCGCCGCCGUCAUCCAGCGCGCCGUCCGCAAAUUCCUCCUCCUCCGGCGCCAGCAAAGGGUUGAACGGGGUAUCGUCAAGGCUCAGGCUCUGUGGAGAGGACACCGCUCCCGCCGACUGAACGACAACCCCAAGACCGUGAAGUUGAGGCGCCGCUUGCAUCGAGUCUCAGCUGAAGUCAAAGACGAUGACAAGCUGUGCAACAAGACGGCUUCGGCGCUGGGUUUCCUGCUCCGAUACAAACACUUCUCCUACAUUUUAGAGGCGCUGAAGAACUUGGAAAUCGCCACCAGGCUGCUGCCGGAGUGCUGCGAGCGGCUGGUCGACAGCGGAGCCACAAACGUCAUCUUCACACUGAUCCGAUCUUGCAACAGGAGCGUUCCUUGCAUGGACGUCAUCACCUACUCCAUCCAGAUCCUCCUCAACCUCUCCAAGUACCACAAGACGGUGGAGGCGGUGUACGCGGUGGAGAACUCUGUGGAGACGCUGCUGGACCUGCUGCAGAGGUACCGGGAGAAGGCCGGGGACAAGGUGGCCGAGAAGGGCGGCAGCAUCUUCACCAAGGCCUGCUUCCUGCUGGCGCUGCUGGUGCAGGACCGCCGCCGCGCCCAGGAGGUGAAGCAGCUGCCCAAGGCCCUGGAGCGGCUCCGCAGCAUCUACCGCCUCACCGGCCGCAAACACAAGAUGGACGCAGAGCGGAGCGUCAUCAAGCAGAAGCAGAACGCGUCCGUCAACGGGAGCUUCUUCGUCCCGGCGACGCCGCGGAAAUCACGCCCUCCUCCCAAGUUUGCUCCCGACUGGGUCCUCCGGAAGGACAAGUUCCGGGACAUCGUGGAUCCGCUCAGGGCCAUCCAGAUGCUGGCGGAGACACUCGGGGUGUAAAUAAACCAGCGCUCAUGUUUUACUUCUUAGUUCUUUUAAAUAAAAUGUUUAGUUUUAAAAUUGUUUUAUUUUUAUGUAUUUUUGUACAUAUUGGUUCUUCAGAACCCUGCGUGUACAGACUUGUAAUAAAAUUGCAG